AUGGCUAGUGCAAGGGCUCAGGAGUAUCUCAAGGAGAAUUUGAGUGAUGUUCAUGCUAUUAUCGAAGACUUGGUUGGAGACAAAGGCAAGGCUAACAAAGCCAAACUUGAGAUGGAGCAGACCUUCAAAUUUAGGCCUUUGCUAAAUACUGAGGCCGAUUUGAUGAGGUAUUCUGAGAUUGGUUGGGUCGAGAGGGAGAGGGUUAGGCUUCCGAAGGGUGAGUCGGUGCCUGAACCUCAGUUCAAUGAGGCGGUAGUCUUUUGUGACUUCUUUGUUUGUGGAUGUGCUUGA